CAGCCAGGACGUCGUCAUCGGAUUGUAAACCACUUCCUACUUCCGCAAACACAGCUCCGUGUAGCUUCCCCGUUUAUCAGUUGAUCGAUGCGGCGGUUGACUCGUUCCUUUGGUCUCCUGGCUCCGUUUAACGUUUCUAACAGUUGCGACAUUUAUGAGUGAUUGAUCGAAGCAUCAUGACGGCCGCGGAGCCUCCGGGCCUGGAGACCCAGCGGCGGGAGAUCGAGUCACUGCUGCGGGAGAGCGAGCUCCGCGCGGGGGACAGUUGGUAUGUGGUGGAGCGUCGCUGGUAUGAACAGUGGAAGGAGUUUGUGGAGACCGGAGACCAGAACUCGUCGUCCUUCCCCGGUCAGAUCGAUAACACCGAGCUGUUUGAGGAUCUGGACUCGUUCCACCUAAAGGGCCUGGUGGAGAACGAGGACUUCAUGUUGGUUCGGCUGAGGGCUGCACGACUGCUGGCCUGGAUGCUGACACCCGAUGGACUACCACCUGGUAGGCAUAAGGUGGUGGACCUGCCCAGCACUCUGAAGGUGGAGGUGUACCCCAUUGAGAUCUUCCUCUGUGUGCCCAUUGAGAUCUUCCUCUGUCUCCAUAGCAACAUGGAGAACGUCAUCACCGCAAAGUUCAGCCGCGCAGACAGCAUCCACUCGAUCCAGAGAGCGAUGUGUGAGGCGUUCACGGUGCCUGCGGGCUCCGAGUGUCGCCUGUGGAUGAAGAGUUCAGAUAGCAGCUGCGAGCGUCUCAGGAACGUGCACGUGAGCGUGCUGGACGCCUGUCUGAGCUCCGGCAUGACGGUGAUCAUGGAGAUGAGAAACGCAGACGGUACCUGGCCGAGCUCCAGACCUCAGAUCAUGAGGAACUCUGUGGAGGAGCAGGACUCGUACCGAGGCCAGCCGGGAGUCUGUGGCCUCACAAACCUGGGAAACACCUGCUUCAUGAACUCUGCUCUGCAGUGUCUGAGUAAUGCUCCUCCUCUGACGGAGUACUUCCUCCAGAGCUCCUACCUGGAGGAGCUGAACUUCUCCAACCCUCUGGGCAUGAAGGGCGAGAUCGCCGAGGCCUACGCUGACGUCAUCAAGCAGAUGUGGUCCGGGCGCCAUUACUCCGUGGUGCCGCGCGUCUUCAAGACGAAGGUGGGCCACUUUGCGUCUCAGUUUCUGGGCUACCAGCAGCACGACAGCCAGGAGCUGCUGUCCUUCCUGCUGGACGGACUGCACGAAGACCUGAACAGAGUCAAAAACAAGGAGUACAUCGAGCUGAGGGACGCAGAGGGACGCCCGGACCAGGAAGUGGCAGAGGAGGCGUGGCGUAACCACCGGCGCCGGAACGACUCGGUGAUCGUCGACACGUUCCACGGCCUCUUCAAGUCCACGCUGGUCUGUCCCGAGUGCCACAAAGUGUCUGUGACCUUCGACCCCUUCUGCUACCUGAGCGUCCCGCUUCCUGUCAGCAAGGAGCGCGUCAUGGAGGUCUUCUUCGUGUCUCUGGACCCGCACGCCAAACCUGCUCAGCAUCGUGUCGUGGUUCCUAAAGCGGGAAAAGUGUUCGACCUCUGCUCUGCUCUGGCAGAGAUGACCAACGUACCCCCAACACAGAUGGUGGUAGCUGACGUGUUCAACCACCGCUUCUAUAAGAUCUACAGCGCUGAUGAAUCUCUGACCUGCAUCCUGGACCGGGACGACAUCUUUGUGUACGAGCUGAGUGUGUUGGAGGAGGCCGAGGAGCAGCCGGUGCUGCUGGCGCUCUACCUGAGGGAGCGCUCCCACUACCGGGACUACGGCUCGGGGGGCAGCUCCUACGGGACCUCGCUGUUCGGACACCCGCUGCUGCUCAGCGUGGAGCGCCGCCGCUGCAGCCGCCAGGCGCUCUACCAGCUGAUCCUGCAGAGGCUGGCAGGAAGAGACGGACGAUGGGGAGAAAGCCGGGCCGUCUCAGACAGAACCAGAACCAGAGCCAGAGCCAGAGCCCGACUGCGGCGAUGAAUCGGCACAAAGCCAAUCAAACGACAGCGCUGCUGCUGAGCCCCGCCCCAACGUUAACCACACAGAGCCCCUGCUGGACCACGGCGACACGGAGACCAACCGCCAGAGCGAGCCCAACGAUAACGCGGCCAACGCUAACGCGGCCAACGCUAACGCCGUCAACGCUAACGCCGCCAACGCUAACGGCAUGAAUACCUGCGAGGCGUCGAGCCGGAGCAAUGCCAUGGCAUCAGAGUCGCCGGCAGGUCACACCAUAGAGGAAGAACGAGAGGAGGACAAGCAGGAGGAGGCGUGUUCCCCGAGCCCGCCGGCCAAUCAGCAGCCAGCGAGGAGGAAGAGGAGGAAGAGUCUGUUCACCAUCCAGGCGGUCAACUCCAACGGGACGACUGAGAGGGGCACGGGGGAGGGGGGCAGCGCCGUGUCCUUCAGCUCUCAGCCUUACGUGGCCAUCGACUGGGACCCCGACAUGAAGAAGAGGUUCUACAAUGAAAAUGAAGCCGAGAAGUAUGUGAAACACGGCAGCAUGGAGGUUCCUCAGCAGCAGACGACGGUUCAGCUGCAGGAGUGUAUCGAGCUGUUCACCACAGUGGAGACACUGGAGGAGGAGAACCCAUGGUACUGUCCCGUGUGUAAGAAGCACCAGCUGGCCACCAAGAAGCUGGACCUGUGGUCUCUGCCGGAGGUUCUCAUCAUCCACCUCAAGAGAUUCUCCUACACCAAGUUCACCAGAGAGAAGCUGGACAGCAUCGUGGACUUCCCUUGCAGAGACCUGGACUUCUCCGACUCCCUCCUGAGGAAAAGUCUGUCCAAUGGGGAGCCUCCGAGCCGCUAUGACCUCAUCGCUGUGUCCAAUCACUACGGAGGACUCAGAGACGGACAUUAUACCAGCUAUGCGAGGAACAAGGACAACGAUCAGUGGUACUACUUUGACGACAGCAAGGUGACGUACGCCAGAGAGGACCAGAUCGUGGUGAGUUUAACAUCUUCAAACAGCUGAGACACAGAAAUUAUUAUGUGUGUGUGUG